GAGUCGAACUCAGAGGAAGCCCAACAAGUCUUGCAGCUCUACCAGUCCUUGCCUCGUUUCUCACAGCAGAAGAAGGAUUUGAUCCAAGCUUGGAAGGCUGACAAGACUUGCAAGUGGAUCAGCACUUGGAACAAGUCUUUGGAAACUGAAAAGAAAGAAACUGUCAAUGAAAGAGCUGGUUUUGGAACCAGAUUCCAAGUGGCCGCCAUGCUCGAAAUGACAGCUGAUUCUGAAGAGUUUCUUGCUUUCUUGCUGUUGAAAAGCACUUGGCCAAGCUAA